UGCGGAGGAGCUCCUCUUGUUGUUCGUUGCGAGUCUGACCCACACCGCAGAGUAAUCGGAGACGCCCGCCAGAGCGGAAUUGCACGCACAGCGAUGUCAAUAUGGACAGGGCAGAACUCACGGCAAUAAUGCGAAGCGUACACCGUUUGCUGAUAUGAGAAUGUGUGCAUUCCGCUUCUGAGAUAUGCGUUCUGCGAGGCAUUGUUUACUGAGGGCGCUGCGCUCGGAGCUUUUUACCGUGUGCCAGCCGUGAUCGGCCCCAGAGCUUCCACGCCUGUUCCCCGCCAAUCACGCACCUUUCAACCCCACGAACGCCCACCAAACACCGGACCGUCGGCUUUGUGAUUGCCAUUCUGGGGCAACUCAAGAGCACCCAGUUCCAUGCACGAGCUGCUCCUGUACGGGCAGCUUCCGCCCCCUCGCCAUGAGCAAGUCCUAAAGAUCCUCGCCGGGCAUGCUGCUAUGCAGCCCCGCCGCGUCCUCGAGAGACACAUCAUAUACAAGCCUACGCGUGAGCCUGAAGAGCCAGGGGCGCAUCUCGGCCGUGGCGGCGGAUCGCAGACUGUUGGAGGCAAACCGGUUAAGCAGGGCACCGUGAAGAAUCUCUUCUACACCAAGCUUGUGCAGAAGCUGGACCAAGGAGACUUUGGACGCGCAGACGACAAACCGGCCGAUAGCAGAAAGUGUCUGUCAGCCAACGUCAACUCCGGGGAAGAGCCAAAGUGGUCUUUCGAAUUCCAGGACUUGCCAGACACCGGGGAUAGAGGAGUUUGCGCUCGUCUCACAUCGUCGACCGACCUUCUCUCGGGCGAUCCGCACGCGUGGAUGCUUGCAACAGGUCCUCACCAGUUUGUCUCCGAAUACUACGUAGAAGGACACCGAUUUGUCCACGGAAACGUCGUCAUCUUCCUGCAUCGCAUUCUCCACGAGCCCGGGGUUCGGUCUUUGGAGACCGCACCGAAGGUGGACCCGCCGGCUUUCGAUGCCCUCAAGCCUUUCGACCCGAGCGGCGCAUACAUUCUGGAAGCCAAGGUUCGCGUCCAGGACUAUAAUAACCAGGCUGUGCUGGAAGAUGGGGUGAACGAGCUGAAAGGAUUUCAGAAGCAGAUGAAGGGCUGCGUGGAGUUGGACAUUCCUGACAGGCUCUCGCUCGACACGCGGGUUAGGUACCGCCCUCCGCAUCUACGGGUUGCUCAAAGGCCUCGAUGAGCCGGCAGGUUACGUGUCGACGGCAGGAUGUGCAAGGAACUGCCGAAGCGCGCCCUACUUCGGCUACCUUCCCCAGCAAACCACCAAUAUCGUGACCGAAAGCAGGGUGUUUGGCAGCAAACGCACUUCAUACGAGGACACUGAAGCUUGGUCUACGCUGGAAGAGGCUAGAAAGCAGACGAUGAACUAGGGAAGAAGGACUGAUCCAAAUGAUCAUCAAGUUGCCGGCCUAGCUUGAAUGCCUCGAAGGCAAAGCAGUGCGACAAAAUUUGAUUGUGUUUCGAUGAUACCCCUACAUAGCAAACUAGUAUCGAUCUCCGUAACGAUUGCU